AUGCUACAAAUGCAGGACAGCAUAGAAUUCCUGAGCAACUUCACAAUGAAUACACCAACUUUCUUGUUGACUGGCAUUCCUGGCCUAGAAUCUGCUCAUGCCUGGAUCUCCAUCCCCUUCUGCUGCCUUUAUGCCACCGCCCUCUCUGGGAACAGCAUGAUCCCCUUUAUCAUUGUGACCCAGCAGAGUCUGCAUGAACCUAUGUACUACUCCCUCCGUGCUCUCAGCACUGACCUGGGUUUGACUAUUUCUACAAUGUCAACCACUCUGAGGAUCCUGUGGUUUCGUGCAAAUGAAAUCAGUCUAGACUGGUGCAUUGUUCAGAUGUUUUUUCUUCACGGGUUCACAUGUAUAGAAUCUGGGGUGCUGGUGGCUAUGGCUUUUGACCGUUACAUAGCAAUCUGUAAUCCUCUUAGAUACACUACAAUUCUUACUAAUUCUAGAAUCAUUCAGAUGGGGUUCCUAGUGAUUAUGCGUGCUAUAGUAUUAAUAGUUCCCCUACUUUUGCUCCUUAAGCUCGUUUCUUUCUCCCAUUCCUACUGUUAUCUUUCUUUCUCCCAUUCCUACUGUUAUCAUCCAGAUGUGAUUAAGUUAGCAUGUUCAGACACUCGGGCCAACAGCAUCUGUGGAUUAGUUGAUCUCCUUCUAACCACGGGAGUAGAUACUCCAAGCAUUGUCUUGUCUUAUAUACUGAUCAUCCGUUCUGUCCUCACUAUUGCCUCCUCUGGAGAACGGUACAAGGUCUUCAGCACCUGUGUGUCCCACAUUGGAGCAGUUGCUAUUCUCUACAUCCCUAUGUUUAGCCUGUCCUUGGUGCAUCGCUAUGGUCAGUCAGCCCCCAAAGUAGUCCAUUUGAUGAUGGCCAAUGUUUACCUUAUUUUACUCCCUGUGCUCAACCCCAUCAUCUAUAGUUUAAAAACAAAACAAAUCCAAAAGGCUAUCCUUAGUUUGCUCCUUACAAAAUAA